ACGGUAAUUAAUUCCGAUUGAGGCCAACUUCCGAAACCCGAAAUAAUUCUACGCUUGCACUUGACUAAUUUUUAUUUUGAUUCCGUCUUUGUUAUUCUUUCUUCUCCUUUUCCUUACUUUUCUGUUAUAGUUCGUUCGUCGCAAAAUUCGCACGUGCCUUAUUGGGAACGGUGUAACCGACCUCUGUCUACGGCAAAAGAAUCGUCGGCAUGGUCGGAUAGUUGUGGCUCCUUUCCGAUUUCUUUUAACAAUUCCGAACUUCUGUCGGCUGAACUGCUAGUUGAUGGUGGAAUCCUGGAAAUUUUUUCAGAAAUGCAAUAUUUGGUUGAUAAAGAAGAUGUGAAGAAUAAAGAAGAUGAAACUACAGGCACACAUUCCGGGGCAAAUAUCAGGACACGUACCUAGUCAAGCUGUGUCUCAGUUGCCUGACCAGAUUCAGCUGAAUAGAAAUGCUCUCCCUCCUAUGCCAAAUUUAGGUGUUUUUCCAUGCUCAACGAUUAAUAUGGACCCUGAAUUUCUUAGAGAACGUUCGUUUAUGCAAGAGAAGAUAUGUAAUUUACUAUUGCAGCGGUACCCGCACCCAGUUACAGAAGUAUAUAAAAGGAAGGCUAAGGAUCUUGCAAAACGCCUGGAGGAGGGAAUGUUAAAAGCUGCUCUCUCUAAGGAGGACUAUAUGAAUUUGGAUACACUGGAGAGUCGUUUGACUAAUAUCCUUAGACGGUCAUCUGUGAACAAUCACAACCAACAAUAUCCACAGCUUGUUAGCUCUUCUCCAAUUGGUACAAUGAUACCAACCCCUGGUAUUUCGCAUGUCACAAAUUCAACCAUGAUGAUAGCAUCUUCUGUGGAUGCCUCAAUGAUUGCUGCCAGUGGGUGUAAUAGCAUCACAUCUACAUCUGUCAAUAGUGUAAGCAUGCUACCAGCAGGUGGCAUGCUUGGCAAUUCCUUGAAUAGAUCCGAUGGUUUGUCUAAUGGUUACCAGCAGUCUUCUACCAAUUUUUCCGUUGUUUCAGGAGGAAACAUGUCAUCAGUGGGGGUGCAAAGAAUUGCAGGCCAGAUGAUUCCCACUCCCGGGUUUAGUGUCAGCAAUAAUCAUUCAUUUAUAAAUGUAGAUCCUUCAACUCAUAGCAGUGUAUUUACUGGUGUUGAUUCUACAAUGGCAUCACAGUUGCAGUCGCAGUCACAGCAGAAGCUGCAUGUCAGUGGCCACAACAAUAGUGUGUUGCACAAUGUUGGCAGCCAAAUGGGCAGUGGAACGAGAUCUAGUUUACUGCAAAAAUCAUUUGUUUGUCCAAAUGGUUCUAUAGAUAACGGGCUUGGCUUGAUUGGAAAUAACAUGCAACUUGCAAAUGAACUGAGCACUGAUGACUAUGCCUCAACGUACACUAAUUCCCCUAAACACUUACUGCAGCACUUUGAUCAAAAUCAGCAACCAGUAGUGCAGGGUGAUGGAUAUGGAUUGGGUAAUGUUGACACUUUUGCUUCUGGAACCUUUUAUGCAUCUGCGACAUCCUCUGGGUCUAUGAUGAACCCUCAGAACAUGAAUUCAGUAAAAUUUUCAUCAAUGCCCAAAACCAGCUCACUGAUAAGUGGUCACUCCAAUUCUCACGGUAUGCAUCAGACUGCGCAUCAAAAGUCUCAAGCAAUUAAUCCUUUGGAAAAGUUGAAUUUUCAGUCUUCAUUGACUUCAAGAGAUGGACUUGUGCAUACUCAACAGCAAUAUCAGCAAAGACCCCAACAAUGUCAACAGUCAGAGCAGUAUGCUCAACAGCAAUUUCAACCGAAGCUGCAAAGCCAGCAACCUCAGCAUUUGGUCAAUAGUGAUGUCUUCUCUCAGCCUCAGCUCUCUUCCAAUCUAGACAAUCGAGAGAAGUCUGACCCUGGAGGUGAACAACAUAAAGACGUUCUCAAUUCUUAUGGUUCUGAACAGUUCCAUGUAUCUGAGAUGCAGAACCAGUUACAGCAGAACUCUUCUGAAGAUUGUUCUAGGGUUGCUCAAAAUCUGUCUUUUUCCUCUGGUCAGCAUGAUUUAUCCUCAUCGACACCUCAAAUUUCACAACAAAUUUUGCACCCACAGCAAUUGGUUUCAGAGUCUCAAAAUAAUUUUAGCUGUCUUCCAGUUGGGUCACAAUCCAAAUCCAUACUUCUAAAUCAAUGGCCUCAAUCACAAGAUGGAAACCACAGUUCUGGGAAUAUGUCACAUGAGCAGCAUCUCCACAUGGAUUUUUAUCAAAGAAUAGCAGGGCAAGACGAAGCUCAAUGCAAUAAUUUAAGAUCUGAUGGAUCUAUUAUUGGACAAGCUGUUGCUUCUAGAGGCUCAGCUGAGCAACUAGACUCAGGCAGAACUAUCAAGAAGACACACAGGAAUCAACAGAGGUGGCUUUUAUUUUUACUUCAUGCUCGACGGUGUUCUUCCCCAGAAGGGCAAUGCCCGGAACGCCAUUGUUCUAUUGCACAAAAGUUAUGUAAUCACAUAGAUAAAUGCACCCUACGUCAUUGUCCAUAUCCUCGGUGUCGUCAUACCAGGGAAUUGCUUCAUCAUUUCAUAAAAUGCAAGGAUCCAUGUUGUCCUGUUUGUGUUCUUGUAAGAAAGUAUCGACGCACAUUUCAACGUAAGCCCCAGAUUCGGCAAGAUUGUGAAUCAAGUUUGCCAAUUGCUUUAAAUGGAUCCUGUAAAUCCUACAAUGUAGUAGGCCCAUCGCCUGGAUUGAUCUCAAAGUCUCCCCUUAUGGUUGAAACUUCGGAAGACCUGCACCCGUCGCUAAAACGUAUGAAAAUUGAGCAGCACAACCAUUCCAUUAAUCCCAAAUAUGACAAUUCUACUUCAUCUAUUCCUCCAAAUUGUGAAUCUCGAGAUUCCAAGGAUACUCAGUGCCAAGCUUAUCCAUGUGGUGACGUGUCUAUGUCAACUAAAUCUGAGUUUACAGAAGUUAAGGUAGAAGUUCAGGUGCAUUCAGGACAUGAAAAUCUUGAGGAGAUGAAAAUGGAUGAGGAUAUUGCAGAUGAUAAAGGGCCUGCUGGUGAGCCUGUCACCUAUGAUGAGCCUGAGAAUAUAGCUAGGCCAGAAAAUAUUAAAACAGAGAAAGAAACUGGACAAGUUAAGCAAGAAAAUGUGAUCCAGCCGUCUGAAAAUGCAGCUGGAACCAAAUCUGGUAAACCAAAAAUAAAAGGGGUCUCAUUGACUGAACUGUUUACUCCCGAGCAAGUCAGGGAACAUAUAACUGGCCUCAGGCAAUGGGUUGGCCAAAGCAAAUCAAAAGCAGAGAAGAAUCAAGCAAUGGAGCAUUCAAUGAGUGAGAACUCCUGUCAAUUGUGUGCUGUGGAGAAGCUUACCUUUGAACCACCACCUAUUUAUUGCACAACGUGUGGUGUUCGCAUUAAACGAAAUAAUAUGUAUUAUACCAUGGGUACUGGGGAUACCCGGCAUUAUUUUUGUAUUCCAUGCUAUAAUGAGCCUCGUGGAGACACCAUUGUUGUUGAAGGGACUCCCUUUCCUAAGUCAAGGAUGGAAAAGAAGAAAAAUGAUGAGGAAACAGAGGAAUGGUGGGUUCAAUGUGAUAAAUGUGAAGCUUGGCAACAUCAAAUAUGUGCCUUAUUUAAUGGUCGAAGAAAUGAUGGUGGACAAGCUGAAUACACUUGCCCUAACUGCUAUAUCCAAGAAGUGGAAAGAGGUGAGCGCAAUCCCUUACCCCAAAAUGCUGUUCUUGGAGCCAAGGAUUUACCGAGAACAAUUCUCAGUGACCACAUAGAGCAACGAUUAUUUAGGCGACUAAAGCAAGAAAGACUAGAGAGGGCCAGGCUUCAAGGGAAAAGUUAUGAUGAGGUGCCUGGAGCUGAAGCGCUUGUUAUAAGAGUUGUGUCAUCUGUUGACAAGAAGUUAGAAGUUAAACAGCGCUUUUUGGAGAUUUUUCAGGAAGAAAAUUACCCAACAGAAUUCCCAUAUAAAUCAAAGGUAAUUUUGUUGUUUCAGAAGAUUGAAGGUGUGGAAGUAUGCCUCUUUGGCAUGUAUGUUCAAGAAUUUGGAUGUGAAUGCCAAUUUCCUAAUCAACGUCGGGUUUAUCUUUCAUAUCUGGACUCUGUCAAGUAUUUUAGGCCUGAGGUUAAAACAGUGUCUGGAGAGGCUCUUCGGACAUUUGUUUACCAUGAAAUUCUGAUUGGAUACCUUGAGUAUUGCAAGAAACGCGGUUUUACAAGCUGCUAUAUAUGGGCAUGUCCUCCAUUAAAGGGUGAAGAUUAUAUUUUAUAUUGUCAUCCAGAAAUUCAGAAAACUCCAAAAUCUGAUAAGCUUAGGGAAUGGUACCUGUCCAUGUUAAGAAAAGCUACCAAGGAAAAUAUUGUGGCCGAUCUCACCAACUUAUACGACCAUUUCUUUGUAUCUACUGGUGAAUGCAGGGCUAAGGUUACAGCUGCAAGGCUCCCAUAUUUUGAUGGUGACUACUGGCCUGGGGCUGCAGAGGAUUUGAUUUAUCAGCUUCGCCAAGAGGAAGAUGGAAGAAAACAAAAUAAGAAAGGAACAACUAAAAAGGCUAUAACAAAAAGGGCUUUGAAAGCCUCUGGUCAGUCAGAUCUUUCUGGAAACGCCUCAAAAGAUCUGCUCCUAAUGCACAAGCUCGGUGAAACCAUUUCCCCAAUGAAGGAAGAUUUUAUCAUGGUUCAUUUGCAGCAUGCAUGCACUCAUUGUUGUAUUCUAAUGGUGUCUGGCAACCGUUGGGUUUGCAACCAGUGCAAGAAUUUUCAGAUUUGUGACAAGUGUUAUGAAGCAGAACUAAAGCGUGAAGAGAGAGAACAACAUCCUAUUAAUCAGAGGGAGAAACACACCCUUUAUCCUGUUGAAAUUACUGAUGUACCUGAUGAUACAAAGGACAAAGACGAGAUUCUUGAGAGUGAAUUCUUUGACACUAGACAGGCAUUUCUGAGUCUCUGCCAGGGAAAUCAUUAUCAAUAUGAUACGCUAAGACGGGCCAAGCAUUCCUCAAUGAUGGUUCUCUAUCAUCUUCAUAAUCCAACUGCACCUGCAUUUGUUACAAUAUGUAAUAUGUGCCGUCUUGACAUAGAAACUGGUCAAGGUUGGCGUUGUGAAGUUUGCCCCGAGUAUGAUGUAUGCAAUGCCUGUUACCAAAAGGAUGGAGGUACUAGUCAUCCUCAUAAGUUGACAAAUCAUCCUUCAAUAGCAGAUCGCGAUGCUCAGAGCAAAGAAGCAAGGCAACUUCGAGUACUACAGUUACGAAAAAUGCUUGAUCUUCUUGUGCAUGCAUCCCAAUGUCGUUCUUGGCAUUGCCAAUAUCCAAAUUGUCGCAAGGUGAAGGGGCUUUUCCGUCAUGGGAUACAGUGCAAAACACGUGCUUCCGGAGGUUGUGUUCUUUGCAAGAAAAUGUGGUAUUUGCUUCAACUUCAUGCCCGUGCUUGCAAAGAAUCCAAGUGCCAUGUACCCCGUUGCAGAGAUUUAAAAGAACAUUUAAGGAGGUUGCAGCAACAGUCUGAUUCACGUAGAAGAGCUGCUGUGAUGGAAAUGAUGAGGCAGAGAGCUGCAGAAGUUGCCAACAAUGCUGUAUGAGCAUUUUAUACAUGUAAAUAUGGGAUGUUCUGAAAAAAAGUCCUCCUGACAGAGGUAUACACUAGCUUCGCCCUUGCUCCAGUUAGACACUGCUGGGAACCAUGCUCUGACCUGCUGUUCGGGGAUGGUUUAUGUGAUUGGAAGGCAUAAUCUAUUACAUUCUUAGAUAUUCGCUUGUCUAUUUGCUCGACAUGAUUGUCCCCAUGAGGAUCUUAGAGUUCAGCCUGUUAGUGAUGCCUUAUACAAAGGACUAACAAGGUCCAGCUGGGCAUAAGGGUCGUGUGUCUGUGUAUGCGGGUCGACUUGGUGAUUCUUUGAUUUUGUCAGCUUCUCCUAUCAUGCCUAAUGGUCAUUCUGUGUGGCAAUUGUACUAUAGUCCUAUUCUUCUGAAAUGUCUUACAAGUGUGGGAUGGAGGUUAGAGGUUACUAUCAAGUCGUAUUUUGUCCUCCUUUCCGCCUUCAAAGAUUGACUCUUUUUGUAGUUAUUUUUUUAUUCAAAGAUGAAAGAAAUAAUUAGAAUCUUAGUUGUUAAGGAAAUUCGUAGUAGCAUCUGUCUCUUUUAUGAGAAAAUUCAAUUU